AUGGAGUCCAACCUAAACUUCCUCGACCCGCCGGCCGUUAUCACGCCGGAAGACCUGUCUUUGACGGAUGGCGAAUCCUUCCCGUCCCACAUGCAUCCCUAUACUAGAGACCGGACAUCUCAUAUGCGCCAGCAUUUGUCCUGGAUUGAGGACCAUGCUAAGGGUCACUAUAUCCCAUGCCCGCCCAAUAUCCACGCCAACGAGCCCUUCUCGGUCUACAAUGCCGGUUGUCUCUCUGCGGACUACGCAAUGAACUUCCCGACGGGUGUCAAUAGCAUCGCCUACUCACAUUCGGAUCGAUUCAUGUCGCCACCGCCAUGCACCGGUCAUCCGUCGUCAUCAUCGGGGUUGGAAAGUCCCCGUAGUAGUAACCUUGGUGAUAUAGGUUGCCAUUUUCCGCUACUCUACUCUCCCGACGAUUCCAUGUUCCCUCUUGAGAACUAUUACCCUUCUCCACCGGAUUUGACGUCCGCCCCGCCGAAUGUCUUGCAGAUAGAGCCGGAUAACUCCCCACACGACCUGGCCAUGGAGAAUGAAAUUAUUUUCUCUGUGGACGACAAAAACCUCUGGGGUGAUGGCACAAAACACGGCGAACCGUCCCAGCAGGAUCCAUCGGUCUUGGAAAAGAUACCAACAGUACACGAGAUCAUCGCAAGUGGCCGACCCAAGACCCCCCGCAGGUCUACGAGUAGCAGAGCGUCGAUGCACGGCAUUCGUAAGUCACGCACCAACACCCGCUCGCUCUCUAUAAAACCACCUCCCCGCCGAAAAUCCUCAACGGCAUCCGUUAAGCCAGAUAAAAUGAUCGUCGCCGGCGGACGACAAUUCAUCUGCAGCUUCGCCCGUUACGGAUGCACCAGCACCUUCAGCUCCAAGAACGAAUGGAAACGACACAUCACCUCCCAACACCUCCAACUAGGCACCUACCGCUGCGACAUCGGCAACUGCAACCUCCACCGAAGGUCUUCCUCCCUCGACCUCCCCAAACGAACCCGCCCCAAUCACCGCACAACUCCCAGUCAACAAAAAGGGAAAGACUUCAAUCGCAAAGAUCUUUUCGUCCAGCACCUCCGCCGCAUGCACAUAUCACAAUCUGUCAGCAGGCAUGAUCCCUCAACCAAAGAGGAAGAGGCCAUUGUCUCGCAGCGCUGCUGGCACCAGCAGCGCGAGCCACCGCAGCAUAGUCUGUGCGGCUUCUGUAACUGGGAGUUUAAGGGGGAAAGUAGCUGGGAAGAACGCAUGGAACAUGUGGGGAAGCAUUUCGAACGGGAUGAAAAACUCCCGGAGGUGGAAACUGAGGAUAUUUAUUUGAGGGAUUGGGCGAUCCAAGAGGGAAUCAUUCGGUGGGAUCGUGAUGAGUUGGUUUUGGCUCGUGUGUAA